AUGCGUUAAAAUUAAACGUCAGUGACCGAAUGAAGCUUAUAAAAUAGCUUGGGAGAAGCCAGUCAACAAGACCACGCAUCUCAAAUUGGAUGAAUUUGCAUGUGGAAACUGCCUUCAUCUUGACAGAAAAGGUUCCAUCCAGGGCCCCAAGAUGAUGACGGCGCUGCUGCUCUUUUCUGCUCUGGCCAGCCUCUUCAGUGCCGCAGACGGACAAGCCUUUCACCUUGGGAAAUGCCCGACUCCUCCGGUGCAGGAGAAUUUUGACGUGCACAAGUAUCUUGGACGAUGGUAUGAAAUUGAGAAGAUCCCAGUGAGCUUUGAGAAGGGAAGUUGCAUCCAAGCCAACUACUCGCUAAUGGAAAACGGAAACAUCAAAGUGAUAAACCAGGAGUUGAGACCGGAUGGAACUGUGAAUCAAAUUGAAGGCGAAGCCACCCAGGCCAACCUCACAGAGCCUGCCAAGCUGGGAGUUAAGUUUUUCUGGUUUCACAGCUUUCUCCCAUUUGGGUCCAUUUUCCACUUAACUUUAACAAGUUGGGCUAUGACAUUUCCUUGGCUUGGACCUUGGCUGUGGAGGUCAAGUUCACAGAGGAAGUCUCUGGAUUCAAACGGAGAAGUGAUGCCAUCUGCUCCAUACUGGGUCCUGGCCACCGACUAUGAGAACUACGCCCUCGUGUACUCCUGUACCACAAUCGUCUGGCUUUUUCACAUGGAUCAUGUUUGGAUCUUGGGAAGAAACCCUUAUCUCCCUCCAGAAACAGUGACCUAUCUAAAAGAUAUCUUGACUUCUAAUGAAAUUGACAUAGAAAAAAUGACUAUCACAGAUCAGGUGAACUGCCCUGAGCCACUGUAAGAGGCUCUAAAGGGAACCUGCCUUCACUCAAUGUUACUUCUUUUGCUUUGCUUCCCCCCACCCCACCCUUCAUAAAGACCAACCACGGCAACAUUGCAAACACCAGAGGGGAAAUUUGAAAGCAGAAGCCUGUGGAGAGAAAGUCCAGGAACGCUGGCCCAAACACUUAGCCAUGUACCAUGUUACCUUGCCAGUCUAAUAAUAAACUUGUUGCUGACCUGCUGUGCUCACAGUA